AUGACGUUAAUGGAAGAAAAUAUACCGGUAAGAUAGCAGCCAUACCUAUUUAGUUAUGCUACAAUAAAAAAUUUUUAUUUUAUACAGUUUGUUAAAAACCCAAUAUUAUUUUAGGUAUUCAAGCCCCGUCUAGCAAUCUGGCCCAGAGGUUCAGUUCUCUUCGCCACCAAUCUUCGUGGUCUAGGAGCUGGCCCACCACCAUCCGAUAGUAUCCUACUAGCACUACGCUUCAUUGUAUACCACUUCCAUCAUCAACGGAAUCGACUGGUAACAUACGGCGAUUGGCUUCGAAUUGCUACGGUAAAAAUUAAUUUAAGCCGGGAGUGUGGGUUUUUACUCUUCACCCAUGCCCAAUCGAUUAGUCCGGUCAAUCGCGAAAGGCGGGUUUCGAAUUUUCAAAAUGAAAACGAAAUGGAAACAAAGGCUGAUAUAUUGGGAUUGGCAGUAGCGUUAGCUUUAAUGGCAUGCCCAGUUGAUGCGAAUGGGAAUAGAGAUGCUUGCCGGUAUAUCAAGGAUAAUUUGGGUACGUUUUUAAUUUUUCGUGUCGUAAAGAAAGCUUUUGUAAGUAAAAAAUUAAAAUUUAGGUUUUUUUAUCUUUAUAAACAAAAAAAAAUAAUAAAAUCAGCUACAUUAAUAUAAAAGAACUCAACAAAUAAAAAAAUUUCUACCCAAAAACUACAUUUUCUACCUGUAAAUUUAAAAAUAGUAUCUAAAAGUACCAUAAAAGGUAAAAAAGCGUACGCCACUUGAGAUUCCAAGGACGUCUCCGAUCCAAGUACUAAUCAAGCGCACCGUUGCUUAACUUGCCAGAUCGGACGGGAUGGCGUGCGUUCAACGGGCUAUGGGCGUACACACUGGUUUCUCUUCCGUUUUCUUUCCUUUUGGGAGAAAUUGUGGGGUUGGCAGGGGUAAAAUAGGUUUAAAGGCGUGUCUUUAGGGUAAUAGAAUUUAAAUUUUUGAAAAAAAGUUAAUGAAAAAUAAUUUUUAAUUACUAUCAAAUAUAUUUUUCUAAAUGACCUGUUGCUUUUGGUCUUCCUAAUUUUAAUAUUAAAAAAUAAAUUGACGAUAAGACAUUAAUCACCUUAUUUUAAUUUUCUAAAUAACUGCUUGUCAUUUCAGAGUUGUUCCUAGACUGUAUUUUGCUAUGCAAUUACUCCCUGGCUACAGAAAAUAUUUCAAGUUCUCGAAUCGAGAAACUGCCACGUUUGGGAACGAUUCCAGCGACAGCAUUAAGCAAUUUGGACGUUCUUUUCGAAGGAACGUUGAGAACGGACAAACAAACGAGUACUUCUUCCGUGAUUCCAACUUCAAUCAGUGCUUUACUAAUGGCAGUGUUUGGUUUGGAAUUGAAGGAUAAAGUGAGGCUUUUAGAUUUUUAUUGUUUUGUAUAGGAACGAGCCGGGCCUGAAAAUCAAGGCUCGGGCCCGGUCCGUUCCUCAUAUCUAAUUUUGGAUGACGGAUUUCUUGGAACUUUUUUGUCAUUAUGACUUAUUUAUAUAUGUGUAAAGAUAAUGAAAACUUGUCAUUAUGACAUACUUUUUGUAAAUUAUCUUUAAUGGGCGCUAGGACAAAUGCGGUUUUUGGACAGUUGCGGAUAUAGCGCCUUUUAAUGACUACUUUUUUAGAUUUCAAUGACUGAUUUAUUGUCAAUAUUCGCCAAAUCAUUACAAUCGGACAUGUUUUCGUUGGAUGACGUAUCUUGUCAUAAUUGCGAUGAAUCGACCGGUCGAACAAUGACCUCAACCCAAUUGGCCGAACAUCGCAAAGUUACAGUAAGACGAUGGAGACACGUUGAACUUUUGACCAAAUUGUCUUACCGUAAUGCUAAUCUACGGAUAAAAGGACCGUUUUUUGAUGAAUCUGCGUUUUUUUGCCCGAGGGUAUUAAAAACGGCGUUGAUUAAAAAUGCUCAAAACACUGGACCAAUAGUACUGGGGCCAGUGACAGGUUUAGUGGUACUGGAUGGACUCGAGGAUAUUACAGUAUCUGUAAUUUGUGACAAGAUUCUUAUUCAGAAUUGUCGUGGGGUUACUGUAUUUUUGAACUGUAAGACGUCACCUGUUAUUGGGAGGAAUAGUACCAGUGUACUAUUAGCACCAUACAACGUGUUUUUCGAUGUAAGUGGAAAAACUUUGUUUACAUAGAAGUAAAUGGCAAAAACUUACUUUACAAAACAUAAAGCGACAAUAACUUUUUUUAAAUUGAAAAAGCGCGAAAACUUUUUUUUACAAAAAAUAAAUUUUAAAUUUUAGGGCUUAUUCCAUGAACUACAACAUGCUGGUAUGUUACUUCUGUCUGGCACCGAAAAUCGAUGGGAUCAGCCAAUUCAAUGUAAUUCGUUACGGUAUUCAGAAUCCGCUGUAUUGGCUACAGUAAAUUGGUCAUUAUUACCGGUCGAAGCGUUUUAUAUUCAACCUACGCCUUUUCCUACUAAUAAAGACAGUGCUAUGUAUAAUGUAAGUUUGGGACAAGAUGUGAUAGGGUAGGGUAGAGUAAGGUAGAGUAGGGUAGGGUAGGGUAGGGUAGGGUAGGGUAGGGUAGGGUAGGGUAGGGUAGGGUAGGGUAGGGUAGGGUAGGGUAGGGUAGGGUAGGGUAGGGUAGGGUAGGGUAGGGUAGGGUAGGGUAGGGUAGGGUAGGGUAGGGUAGGGUAGGGUAGGGUAGGGUAGGGUAGGGUAGGGUAGGGUAGGGUAGAUUCAAUGGCUUUUUUGAUUGUGGACGAAAUGCAAAUUGAUUGUUUGAUUUUUCAGUACUUCCGCCGAACGAUACCUUCAUUAUAUUUGGAGAACUUUGAAGAACGUUUACAUUCAGCUGAAGCUUGGCUUCAGAGGAACCCAGAGAACCGCCUAAUAUCGGUAUCGGAAGCCGACCAACAAUAUUUAUAUCAACGUACCGGGAAGAACAUGUAAAUAUACAUUACUUUUACUUACUAUAAUAAAAAGUAGAAAAAUUUUACGUAAUUUUGAAUUUUUUUUUUGGUUUGAAACUAUAGGAAAACUGACUAGGAAUAGUGUCAGUCAUAAACAUAAAGUCAGCUGGAUCAAUUUCGAAAGUAUUAAAAUAAAGUAUAUUUGUUUGAAGAAAACUUAAAAAUGAAUUUUUAGGUAUAAAGAGUGUGUUUUAAAAUGUCUCAACUCUUAUAGCAGCAACACAUAUUGUCAAGGCCACAAUAUUGGUUUUCUCCCACACAGUAACUGA